AUGGAGGUGUACAUCCAAAUGGUAGGGUGUCACAAACUGGCAGUGCCGCCGAGCCUGCGCCUAUUUGUGAACGGAGAAUUCACACUGUUUAACUGUGGAGAAAAUGUGCAAAGAUUUUUGAACGAGCAUAAGUUACAUGUCGUUAAAACUAGGAAUAUAUUUUUUACGAAAAUUAAUCCAGAAACAAUUGGAGGGUUAGUUGGUCUCCUCCUAACCAUAGAUAACAUAGCAAAUAGUGAUAUAUCCAUUUAUGGACCGAAGCCGAUAGAACAAAUAGUUAACAAUUUCAAGUCUUCCUUUGCGAAACUGAAAAAUAUAAAAUUACAAGUACACGAAAUUUGUGAAAAUCUUCCUGUAGUUUUAAAGGGAAACGUUGUUAUAACGCCAAUAAUGCUACAAGAAAAAGGAGAAAGUGACAUGCCGAACCAGUGCGUAGAAGGAGUGAAUAAUAUUGAAGAGAAAAUAGCUCCCGAAUCGAGUGACAUGCAUCGUCAGGGAACGAAUCACUCACGUGAAGGGGGAGCAGUAAAACAUGGCCCCUCUGGGGAAGGCCGUUCGGAUAAUUUUAAGAAGAGGAAGCUACAGGGGGAGUGCACCCCGAAUGGGGACAAUCACAAGGGUGACCACGAAAAUGGCGAAGUGGAUGGGAAACACACCCCAAAUGGACAAUCCCACCAGGAAGACCACCCCAGUGAAGGAAUUCCUGAGGGAAAACAACCCGAUAGAGAGCUUCUUCACGAAGAGGGGCUCCCCGGCACUACAAAGGACAAACGGAACGACAAGGAGACCAAACCAGAGAAGGGACCAGUGAAGAAAAAGUUCAGCACCAUUUGCUAUGCAAUUGAGUGUCCCCAAACAAUUGGAAAAUUCCAUGUCGAAAAGGCAAAGAGCUUAAAUAUCCCACCAGGAAAAUACUACGGAAUACUAAAAUCUGGAAAGGCCAUUACGUUAAAUGGUAAAGUAAUAAAGCCUGAAGACGUGUGCGAUAAAAACAUAGACGGAAGGAAGGCCCUAGUUAUUGAUGUAGAGGAUGCUGCUGACGUAAAAUAUUUGUUGGACAAACUUGCCAGUAGGGGAGAUUAUUAUUUAAAAAAUUUGGAAUAUAUUUUUCAUUUAUCUGGGGAAGAAAUUACCAAUAUGGACAAUUAUAAAAAUUUUUUUUUAAGUUUAAAAAAUGUGAAAAAUGUUAAAUGCAAUCAAUCCAGUAGUUCUUUGAAAGUAUGUCCAUUUGUUUCCACAGCAUCAUUGAACAACUUCCUUUCGAAAUUAUUGCCUACCAUUUUUUUGAAGUACAAAGCGGACACCCCCCUGUACGAUCAUUGCCACGCAUCAUCGGAUAAUGGUGAUGGGAGGGAAGGCGGAAAUUUGGCCUCAACUGCGAAGGAGGGUGGACCCGCAUUCCAAAUAGGGAAUUCCUCCCAAGAGGGGAGCGCCUCACAUGGUCCUACCGCGGGGGAUUUAAAGGAGGUGGGAAAAGAAGUGAAGGAAGAGAUAAAAGAGGCAGUAAAGGAAGUGGUGGAGAAGGACGAAGCAAACCACACAAAGUGCGAACAAAGCGAUUCGUACCUUGUGUACAACCCACUGAGCAAAUUUGUUCUGCAUCCGUUUCACAAAGUUAGCAUAAGCACGGAAGAGAUGCUAUGCGAAUUAUAUCCAACAAUUUUUAAUUCCGCGAAAAUAUCGAACGUCUUAAGGAAUAAUGAAGAAUUACUAAAGACAUUUGACCAUUUUAACAAUAGAGCAACGGAGAGUUACUUAAAAUUUCCUUCCUUUUAUUUUCUCGGUACCGGUUGUUCAAUGCCCUCAACGUUUAGAAACGUUUCUGGCAUCAUUUUAAACAUUGAAGAAAAUUUCAGAAUUGUCUUGGAUUUUGGAGAGGGCUCCCUCUACCAGCUGUACUGGAUGAGCCAGUCGUGGCUCCAUUUUUCCAAGACCAUUAAGUCGAUUAAAGUAGUAUUCAUUUCACACGCACACGCAGAUCACCACAUGGGACUUUACUACCUACUGCAUAUGCGCAGACUCCUAUUUCCACACCUAGAUGACCCGCUCAUACUGAUCCCGUCAACGCUAAAAAGUUGGAUGAAUUUAUUUGGUGAACUCUUUUUUGACAAACCAGUGAACGUGUUGUACAAUAAAGAAAAUUUGGAAGUAAAGGAAAAAGUCGGCGAUGACGACAGCUUUGUAUUUCUCCGUCCUUUUAAGGUACGCAUGUUUUAUAAAUCCUUUCCAUUCAUAAUGAAGUAUUGGGUUAACCAUGUUAAAGAGUCCUACGGCAUAAAAAUUGAACGCAAAAAUAUCGGUUCCGUGGUUUACUCAGCGGACACAAGACCAUGCGAUAAUGUCAAAAUGUUCUCCAAAAACUGUGAUAUCUUAAUACACGAAGCCACCUUUGAUGACGAAUUGCUGGACGAAGCCAUUCAUAAGAAGCACUCUACAACACAUGAAGCUAUGCAAAUUAGUCUAGAAGUCCAGUGUAAAACGUUAAUAUUAACUCAUUUCAGCCAGAGGUACCCAAAGGCACCCAAAUUAAACAAGUCAUCCUCCUCCGAAAUUAACGAAAUUAUGAAUAAAACAAUUUACAGCUUCGACUACAUGUGCAUUCCCUUAAAUUUAAUAAACGAAUUACCUCAUUAUUUCAGCAUUCUAUUAAAUUUAUUGGAAAAAAUAUUCUAA